CCCGGCGAUCUUCCACCUUUGUCCGCUUUCUUCCCCAGAAACCAAAAUCCUCCGCUGGAAAGACCGCCGCUGCGAGCAACCGCCAGCGCAGGCCGCGUCCGCGAGCAUGGACGUCCUGUUCAACACGAUCAACGUCCGGGACCUCCUCUCGGCCACCGAUCUCAGCGACCCCAGCUCUCCUCUCUCGGCGCCGGAUCUCCGCCUCCUCAUCAACCGGCUCGAGUCCCACUCCCAGAGCAUCAAGGCUCAGGUGCGGUCCUACCUGCUCUCCCACCAGCCCGAGUUCUCCUCCCUCUUCUCCCUCUGCAGCGACCUCGUCUCCCGGACCGAUGAUGUCUCCGGAGAGUUUCACAACCUCCUGAGAUUGAUCUCUGACCGCCCCAUUGAUGUCGAGAUUCGCCAGGCCGUGUCCGACAUUGAUGAGCGGAUGAAGGAGGUAAAGGUGAAGAAGGAGCUGCUGGGAUUGGUGAGGGCAAUCUGGGGGUUGACCGAGAGGUUUAGGACCGCCAAGGAGGCGCUGAGGAGUGGACAGCUGAAGUUCGCAGCUCAGGAGCUUCGUGAAUUGAAAAUGGCUGUGAGGCUAUGUGAUGGCGAGGAUAAACAGGACGAAAGAGAGCCAUUGGUGUACGGACUGUUGAAGAAAGAGUGGCAUGAAAGCUUUGAAGAAAUGCAAGAAGUGCUCUCGAAGUUCGUGGACCAAGCAGUUCGAUAUGACCAGAAGUUAAGUAGAGUCCAAGUCAAGUAUCAGCUCAGUUCCGAUGGAAAUGAUGGAGUCGAUUUCCAUGAAGUCUUAGAAGCAUUGGAUGUGGUUGGCCUUUUAGAUUAUGGACUUGCUAGAGUAGCUGAUAUGAUGAUCAAGUACAUUAUCACUCCGGUCAUUAAUUCUGGAUCGCCAAUUGCUUUUGUAGAAGAACUGAGUAAAAAAUCGGAAAAAACAGUAGAAGCAAUUCUGAAGAUAGAGCGGUCUUCUGCUCCUGAGACAGGAAAUCUGGAUGGUGAGACAAUCUUCUCAGAGAUUGUUCAGGUUGUCAAAUUCACGUGUGAACGCAUUUGCUUCCAAAAUGCUCAUUGGGUUCAAUCAUUUGGGAGACUGGCUUGGACCAGGAUAUCAGAGAUGAUAAUCUCGAAUGUUCUUUCCAAGGUUGUGCCAGAAGAUGCAUCUAAACUUGCAAACUUUCAGAAGAUUAUUGAUCGUACUACUGAAUUUGAGACAGCUUUGAAGGAUUUGUCAUUCAUAUCAGCCUCUGAUAGUGCCGAGCAGAGGUUAAGCAAUUUUGCUGAAAACGUUGAGGUUCACUUUGCAGCCAAGAGGAAAACAGAAAUCCUAGCCAAAGCUAGAAAAGUGCUCCUUCAUUGUGACUUUGCCAUACCUCAGGAAUAUAUUAGAAAAGGAGGAGUGGGCAGGAGCGACGGGAUAGCCAAGGAUUCAUCUGAUCAUGUCGUCGACCUGCUUUUUCUCUCGGAUAGAUGUUUUGUUUCCACUGCAGCUUCAGAAUUGAUGAAGCUGGUCCAUCAAACGCUCCAAGAUGUUUGCUUGUCAUCCCCAAGAGUUGCUUUGGAGCUCUAUCAUGCUGCCAGGGAUGCUAUUCUCCUUUAUGAAGCUAUUGUUCCUGUCAAGCAAGAAAAGCAGCUAGAUGGAAUCAACCAGGUUGCUGUUUUAAUGCACAACGACUUCCUCUAUUUAUCUCAGGAGAUUCUUGGCCUCGCCUUUCAGUAUUGGCCAGAAUUUCCAGAUUCCAUCAAGGAACGUGCAGUUUUCGUUGAUCUGGCUCCUAGAUUCCUUUUGAAGGCAGAAGAAGUAUUGCAGAGGGAAAUUCAAGUCGUUAUAUAUAAUUUGAAAGGGGCUAUAGAUGGUGCCGAUGGAUUUCAGAAUACUCAUCAGAUGCAACAAUUCGAGUCUGCUAAGUUUAGUAUCGAUCAGGUGGUUUUUAUUCUAGAGAAAGUGCGAAUUAUAUGGGAGCCGAUUUUGCUGCCAUCGACCUACUAUAAGAGCAUGGGCACUGUUUUAGACUCUGUACUGUCUAGAAUCGUUAGGGAUAUCCUCUUCUUAGAUGACAUGGCUGCUGAAGAAACAUUGCAGCUCCAAAGACUGAUUCUCCUGAUGCUGGAGGGUCUUUCUUCUUUGCUGGGAUCCUUAGGUGCCGUGACACAGGAGAUGAAGUCUCAGGGAACAACUCUGUGCUCCCUUGAUGAUCUAAUACCUUCCUUGCGAAAGAUCCGAAAACUUGCAGAAUUGCUGGACAUGCCUUUGAGAUCAAUCACUGCUGCUUGGGAAAGUGGAGAACUGGUCAGUUGCGGUUUCACAUUAACCGAGGUGAAAGAUUUCAUCAAAGCCAUAUUUACUGAUUCGCCUUUGAGAAAGGAAUGCUUAUGGAGGAUCGAAAACAUCAGCUUCUAGGGAUGCAACCUCAAUACCGGAUUACGUCUUACGGAGAAGAGAGUGAAAUUCCUUCAAGGAAUUAAUUCUAAAUGCAUCAAUUAUCCGCCGAUACAGCUGCAAGGAAGAUUGCUCCACACUGCUUCAUCUCUGUAACAUUACCUCACUGUAACCUCUGAUGAAAGAUGAAUUCCAGUAGCCGAUCUUGUAUAUUCAUAUUGAGCAUUCUCGUUCUUUUUCUCUUCGAGUACCAAAGGGGCAGAUAUUACUAAUCCCGGAGGACUGUUCCCUGUAGAUUAAGAUACAUACCUCAAGCUAGAACUUUCUCAUCUCUGAUGAGACAAAUUGAUCAGAAGAAGACGGUUUUGAUAGCAAUUGGAGCAUGAUCAAACUCUUAAAACCA